GUAACAUGACCUAAGGGAUGUGUUCAUUGUAACACGUGAGCAAUUUAGAUGCCUGGAAAAAAAAAGUAGCUUGAUAGUACAGGCAGUUUAAGAGUUCUGCUAGUCCUUCUGCCACAUCAAUGUUCAGCCUGCAGACAAAGAAAGCAAGCAUGAAGAACACUCUAAUCGGGACCCUGCUGGCCAUCAUUUUGGGACUUGUACAAUCCUCUCCCAGCUGUUUACCUGGAGACAGAGCAUUGGGGAGAUGCAUCUCUGCUACUGAAGAGAAAGCUUCAUGCAUUGAUAAUGCCUUAGGAUAUUGCGAUGACCUGGCCUACUCAAAGACAAUAUUUCCGAAUCUACUAGACCACCGAACAAGAGGAGAAAUAGAAUUCAGUGCUGAGUAUAUCCUUUUAAGUGUAAUAGAUAACUUGCUUCAAGGAGAAUGUAAUCCAGACCUGAGAAUUGUUGGCUGCUCAGUCCUUGCUCCACGAUGCGAGAAGAACAAAGUUGUAAAGCCGUGCAGAAAGGUUUGUGAGUCGUUAAAAAAAAGUUGUCAACCAGCUUUUGAUGCCAUUGACAUGGCAUGGCCCUAUUUUCUGGACUGUGAUCGCUUCUUCGUAGGAGAAGAAGAAGGCUGUCAUGAUCCACUUGAAAAGCUAAGAGUCAAUAUAGAUGUCGUGUCUGAGGAAGUUGCUCCUCAAAUGCCAAAUACCUUUAUCCACUUUACCCAUCACAGCUAUACACAGAUGAUCAGUGUUUUGAAGAAAACUGCAGCCCGAUGCUCCCACAUCUCCAAAACAUACAGCAUAGGGCGCAGUUUUGAGGGAAAAGAACUUAUGGUGAUUGAAUUUUCAACUAAUCCUGGUCAACAUGAAUUGCUUAAGCCUGAAUUCCGGUACAUUGGAAACAUGCACGGUAAUGAAGUUUUGGGUAGAGAGUUGCUGAUUUAUCUUGCGCAGUAUUUAUGUUCAGAAUAUCUUCUGGGGAAUGCCAGGAUCCAGGAGAUAAUCAAUACUACGAGGAUUCACCUACUACCUUCAAUGAAUCCAGAUGGUUAUGAUCUUGCUGCGGAAGAGGGAGCUGGCUACAAUGGAUGGACAAGUGGACGACUAAAUGCACAGAAUAUUGAUCUUAAUCGGAACUUCCCUGAUUUAACAUCAGAAUUCCAUAAAAUAAUCAAGAUGCGAUCAGCGCGACUUGAUCAUAUGCCCAUUCCAGAGUCAUACUGGGAUAGUAAGAUUGCUCCAGAGACAAAAGCUGUCAUGAAGUGGAUGAGGGCCAUACCAUUUGUCAUUUCAGGAAGUCUUCAUGGGGGUGACUUGGUUGUAAGCUAUCCAUAUGACUUCUCCAAACACCCAUUAGAAGAGAAGAUGUUUUCUCCUACACCGGAUGAAAAGGUAUUCCAGCUUCUUGCUAAAACAUAUGUUGCAUCACAUCCUCUUAUGUCAUCCAAAGCCACAGAGAGAUGUGGAGGGAAUUUUGUGAGUAAAGGCGGCAUAAUAAAUGGUGCAGAAUGGUACAGCUUUAGUGGAGGAAUGUCGGAUUUCAGCUAUCUCCAUACAAAUUGUUUUGAACUUACCUUAGAGCUUGGAUGUGAUAAGUUUCCUACUGAGGACGAGCUGUAUGCUGCCUGGCAGGACAACAAAGAAUCUCUGCUGAGUCUAUUUGAAAUGGUUCACCGAGGAAUUAAAGGUAUAGUGAAGGAUGAAUAUGGAAAUCCAAUUAAAAAAGCUCGCAUCUCAGUAAAAGGAAUUCGUCAUGAUAUAACCACAGCUGAAAACGGAGACUACUGGAGACUUUUGAUCCCUGGAGUGCACAUAGUCUCAGCUGAAGCAUUUGGCUACUCAAAAGUUACCAAAAAGAUAACACUGCCAGCUAAAAUGACUAAACCCGGGCGAGUGGACUUUGCGUUAAAACGGGUCGAUAUAAAUAAUCGCAAGUUUGAUAGACUUGUUCCAGAGGAUAUUUAUGAUCGCUUUGAUCCCCUGGAUCGUUUUGACCCUCAUUCACACAAUAACAAUGGCCAUGGAGAACCAGGGGAGGGCGGGGAACUCACAGCGGAGAGAGAAAAGCCUUGGUGGUGGUCAUAUUUCAGCAUGCUAGGUCAGAACAGACCAGUAUGGUUGCUAAAAAAUAAUUAGAGACAAACUAGAUUAAGAAAUACUUAACUGCUUAAGAGAGCUUCAAAUGUACUAAUGAAAUUACUGUAAUUAAAUUUUCACAAUCCAGAUAUUAAGGUAAUUUGCUGAACACAUAAACUGCAUACUCCAUGAUGACAGAUAACGCAACUCUAAAACUCCGUGAAUUGUUGCAUCAUGAUGUGGAUUACCCUGGGAUACAUCAUUCUGACCUUUUAACUAUGUUAAAAUAUGAUUUCAGUGGUCUGGUUUUUAUCGUAACCCUCAAUAGACAAAAAUGAUGUCAAAAGAUGCUUAACCAAGGUCAUGCAAUGCUUAAUAGUAUGUCUAAUGGUAUGAUACUAACAUUGUCAUGUGUCAGAGGAGGUUUAUCCUGCUAUUGUCAUUAUAAAAUGAUCGUAUACAGAAUGAACAUAUCAUUCUAAUCCCAGUCAUCAGAGUUACCUGCCUUUCAAAUGCUCGGAAAAUCAGCUUUGUACUAGACAUUCAGUAACCCACAUACUUCACUAAUGUGGGCUAUUUCUAGCCAGCAGCCCAGAUGUGUUAUGCCCUGUUCACUCGUGUUUAAAGGAAUUCACUUGAUGUUACACAAACAAGAUAUAUUGAAUGCAGAUCAGCAUGCUGUGUAGGCAACUUCAAAUUAUGAUCUGAUAUGGGAUUCUAUCAAAACACGCAUGGAAACGCAUGGUUUAAAGGAACAAUCUAAGCACCAACAUCUCUUCAUCUUAAGGAAGGGGUUUUAGGGCAUAGAUACUGCCUCUGCAAGCUUGUUAAAUUAAAAAAGUGCGAUUUGUGCAAAACGAUAUUGUUAACAUUUUGCAUAUCCCACACCUACUUGGAGCUGUCGGAAAGAUAGACUAGGGGCUUCAAACACAAUUAGAUUCAGUUAUGGAAUCUUUUUGAUGUCCGGUGUCAGCAUGCCCAGUAUGGCAAAGCCAGAUGCUAUGCACACCCAAUGGUUCUCUAUGAGAAACAUUGGGUUGGCAUGUCACAUAAAUUCAGUGGUUCUCUACGAGAAAUACACGACUGGGCAAACGUUAUUCAAGACUGAGGAUUUCACCAGAAGAGAAUCGGGCUGCAGAGAGAAGUAUGCUCCAGCAUUGGAUUAUAGGUCAUUCGUAUGGCCUUUUUUUUUUAUUAUAAAGAAGGGCAGUAAUCUGAAUAGAUAUCUUAUGAUUACUACUGGUCGGAUGUGUUUUCCUGUGCUAAAAACCUAUUUGAGAUAUUUCUGGGACAUAUUCAUAUAUUCACCACUCACAGAAAUCUAUUUCUUUAUGGAUUAUUGAGCUUGUGGAUUUCUGGCUUAGAAAAUACAGUGCUUAUUUCUAAAAAUUCAAGUAUAGAUUAAAUUUGCAUUUUAUAGCAGAAAACAAAACAUUGUGAAAGUAUUUUCAAUGUUUCACAUUGAUGUUCUUUUUGAAGUGAUCAAAUGUGCUGUAGGAAAAGUGUCUAUUUUGUACUCUUCGUUUUAUAUAUAUUAAAAUGUUUACAAGCCACGAAAAGGAAACAGAAUUCUGGUAUAGAGUGCUUCAUAAUCAUUAUUUAUUAUGCUCAAAAGUUCUGUAUCAUCUAAUAAACCAUUCAAAUAUUUUAUGUUUAUAGAUAUACUUGUGAAAUAUAUAGCAUUGAUCUUUUGAAUGGAUGCUGUAAUUCAUUGUAAUAUAUUGUGAUAUUUUUUGGUUUGUGGUGGAGGAAAAAGACAAACAUCAAAGAUCAUUUAUUUUUCAAAAUGUAACAAAUGCUACAAUUCCACUGGGUAAAGAGGGUUCCUUUAUAUAAUUAUUAAAAACAGAGUUUUACAAUGUAA